AUGAAGACAAGCCUACUUACAAUACCCAACAAAAAGACCGAAGAGGUCUCCUGGGUGAAACCACUCAACAAUUACCUUCUUUCGAUAUAUGGCAAUACAUCCGCUUAUCAAAGCGACAUAAAUGCAUUUGAUAAGUUGCGUCAAGAUAUCAGGGGUGUCCAUCCUGACAACACGGGAUUGCGAUUGUAUUUCAAAUAUUACAGUCAGUUGGAGGUGUUGGACGUAAAGAUACAAUUUGCUACGUUGAAUAGAUCGAAGAAGUUGGACUUUGUGUGGCAUGAUGCAUUUUCGCCAGAGAUCACCCAUAGACAGAAUGCAUUGCCAUUUGAAAAAGCCAAUGUUUUGUUCAAUAUUGGUGCAUUGUUGACGAAGUUUGCCAUUUCCAAGUACAAUGAAGGAUCAGUAAAGGAUACAAUUGUAAUGUUUCAGCAAGCAGCUGGGAUAUACGAGUACUUGAAUGAAAAUUUCCUCCAUGCACCUAGUGAUGACUUGAGUCAGUCUACCAUCAAAUUUUUGAGCAAGUUGAGUCUUGCUCAGGCGCAAGAAGUGUUUACAUUGAAUGCAAUUACUAAUGAUUUGAAUCAACUGAAGAAUUCGUUGAUUUCCAAGUUGUGCAAAUCAGCAAGCUUGCAAUUUGAAGAAUGCUACAAUAUGAUUGGAGAGAAGGAAAGUUUUGAAGUUGUUGAAGAUGACGUGAGUAAUGACGAGACAAAUUACGUCACUGCAGAGUUGGAUCCUUCCUGGGCGUCAAUCAUAAACUUCAAGAUCCAAUAUUAUAAGUCGUUGGCGUUUUACUUUCAUGCUUUGCAGCUUGAAGCAGGGAGAAAAUAUGGUGAUGCAAUUGGAUUUCUCAACCAAUCAAGUUUGGUUUUGGAAAAUAUAGACCCGGGACAUGUGUAUGAUUUGUUGGACAAUUACAACUAUCAGAAAGAUGCAGUGAAGAUCAAAACAGAUGAGUUGGUAAAGGACAAUGACUUGAUUUAUCACGAUUUGGUGAAAAAAGAUGUCAAUUGGAAUCAGUUGACGCAAAUGCAAGUGUCAAAAAUCGUGCCAUUGAACGAUAUACCUAUGCUAAAGGAGGUCAACCAACAAGGCUAUCAAAACUUUUUAAGUGAUGUUGUACCCAUCAACAUCCACGAAUUGUCCAGUUUCUACUCGGAGGAAAAGUCGCAAUUGUUGAGAAACGAGAUCGAUUUCUAUGAGGUGUCAAAAGAGGAGACUGAAUCGUUUCUUGAGCUGCUAAAGUUGCCGAAAGCAUUGCAUCAGAUUAAGCAAGCAUUGAAGUCUGAGGAGGAGGGGGAUGAGGAGGGGAUUCCUUUAGAAAUCAUUUCCAAAGUGAGAGAAAUAUCUAACUCUUAUGAGAGAGACCAGCAAUUGGAGGAAGAAAAUGGGAAAUUGAGACAAAGGAUCUACGAGACAAUUUCAAACAUAGAUUCGGAAGAAGCCGUCAAUCUCAAAAGAGCUCUUUAUGAAGCCUCCAAUUCCGAUAAAAAGAUUGCGUCAUUGAUUGAUAAAUCUUUUUACAGUACACUUUCGAAGGGACCUGGAAGUAAUCAGUUUCGCCAGCUAUUUACCGUAUCUAACUCAGAAGUUAGCCUAAUUGAUCAAGACGAUUCCCAGGAUGAACAAAUUAGAACUUUGGAAACAUUUUUAUACGACUUGGGCACCAUCAAGGGCAAUAAAGCAAGCUUGAUUGAAAAAUUGAAAAAGGAUAUUCAUUCUGAUGACAUUUCAAACAUCUUGAUGUUAAAUGCAAAGCAAAUGAGUAAUAAUGAAAUCAAGAGUGUGAUUUUCCCUGCCGAGUUGAAAAAGUUCCAACCAUUCAUUGACAAGUUGGAUAACUUGAUCAAUAGAGAAAAGUCGAUACUUUCGGAUGUGAAGGCAGAAUGGAGCAGACUCUUGAGUGAUCCUGCUAUUAAGAAGUUGCAAUCUAGAACCCAAGAAAAAGCUCAAUUGUGGAGUGACAAUAUUGAAAAGAUUGAGCAGUUUUACAAAAAAUGGACCCAAUAUCACGCCGGUUUGGAGAAGGGAAACUCUUGGUACACCAAAUUUCUCCAACAUUGCGAAGGAUUAGCUAGUUUCAACCUAAAUGCAUUGCUGUUGGAUGACGCAAGAAGACAAUCGAGUUCUACGCAGUUGCCUCCUUACAAUCCACCACUUUUGCAACCGCAGUUUUCCGGAUUUACACAGCCAGCACAUACUAGCACGUCACUGUUACUGAGCACACAUCAACCGUAUGCUAGACCCCCACAAUUACCACCAAAGAAUCCAUCAAUUGAUGCAAAGCAUUCAUCUCAAGAGCCAUCACAGUCAAAACUCCCGCCUUGGCAUACAAACAAAAGCUCUGAUUCAAAGAGUGGCUUAAUCUACGAUCAACCUUCGACUUAUGAUCCUAAUAUGUACGAUUUCUUUAGUAAGUAA